CGUCACGAGUUGAACGGAGGUCCGAUUGCAAUUGCGCACGCAUCUCCACUUCAGACAUUAGACAUUGUUGCCAUUUAUCAACAUCUACGGUUUGUUUAUUGCACAUUAGCUUGGACAUUGUAGACCAUUUACCUUACACAGAGAAUACAAAUCUGUAAUUUGGGCUGGACAAGAUGGCUAGCAGCAAUUUUCAGGCGCAGUUAUUAUCCAUUAUGGAGGUAUUAGCUAAAGCAGCUGUAGCAGAAAUAAACCAACGUGUAGAUGAUAGCUGUGCAGUUAUACGUUUGGAAAUGACCCAAAGCCAGCGAGAUAUUGAUGUACUGAAAAGGAAGUGUCAAAUGAUGGAGAGCGAGCUGAAGAAGACACAUGGACGAGUCAGGAGAAAAGGUUUUUACCCCAUGGCAUCAGAGAGAUCUUCAUAUCCAGUCAAGAUUGUUUUGAACAAGCAGAGAAGUAGCUCACAGCGGAGAGACCGAGAGACUGCUGUUGAAGGGGACUCUCAACCCCAGUCUACCGAUGUGGAGCAGGGAGUGAAGACUGAACUCAUACUGAUCAAAGAUGAGGAGACAGCAGAGGACGUGUGGAAGACUGACCCUCAGGAAGAGAUCAGGAUCACUGGAGAGGAGUCUGGUUCCAAGCCUGGGAAACCACCAUCCUUUGAGCAACAGCUCUGUGAUGAGGACUUCAUCACACAACCCAACAUAUCUCCUGAAAACUCAGUGGAACAUUACCCCAAUUCUGAUCGUCCAGAGGAACCAGGAACACCCCGGCUCGCAUCUACAGAGGUGUUCAGUACAGAGCAGCACCGGCCAGCCAAGAGCAAGGACUCACUAGAGCUAGUGAUGGUGAAGGAUGAGAAAGAGGAGGAGCUGGAUCAGACCACGGUCCCGGCAGGACCUGACCAAUUUGUAAUGGAUGACACUGAUGGGCAUCUAUGGACGUCUGUGGAUCCAGGCAGAGAUACUGACCCUGAUGUCCACCCAGAUUUCUCCUUUCAUUCCACAGAAGAGUACUCUCAGAAUAUCUCAAUUUUCCCAUCUCAUGAUAUCGGGCCAUCACUUCACUAUUCUAUUGUGAAACCACAUGCUAACAUGUUCAGUGCAGCAGCACACAUGAAAAGACAUGUCAGAACAUCGUCUGAUGAGACUAGACAACAGAUGCCAGAGGGACAGAGCAGUGAGAUGCUGAACUCAAGUAAUGAAGGAAAUAGUUUAGCUCUACAGCCAAGGCAGCAUCAAUACAGGGCUUCAGAAGCAACAGUGAGAUUGAGUGAGUGCACGACAGGGUCAAACAUGGCCACCACCUCCACCUUCUCAGGAUACAGCCUGAGUCGCAGUAGUUUUAACAUGGUGAAGAGAAUGAGGACUCAGUGGAGUUCUGGCAGCACCACCGAGAGGCGUUUCAGCUGCACCUUCUGUGGGAAGCGCUUCCAACGUUUCUGGCAGCUCAAAGAACACCUCCGAAGUCACACCGGAGAGAAACCGUACACCUGUGAACAGUGUGGCAAGAGUUUCACCAAGCAGUGCAACCUGAUCAGACAUGCUCUGGUCCACAGUGGGGAGAAACCGUAUGAGUGCACACAGUGUGGGAAAUGCUUCACCCAGCGCUCCAAAAUGACGUCACAUCAGAGAACUCACAUAGGAGAGAGUGCAGUGUCUCAAUAUGUGGCACCCGCAUACCCUGGGGAUCCACGCAGAAGUUUAAUGUAGUCUCAGAACAGAUGGAUCAAAUAGGAACAUAAUUGCAUUUUCUAUGGGAAAAUAUAGGAAAGAAGAUAUUUUGGGACAUUUAAGACAAGAUUUUUCUCCUAAUUGAUUUGUGAAAUGGUUUUAUAUUUGACUGUUAACGGAUCAUCACUUUUAUUUUAUUAACCUAUUUAUUUACACCUGGUAACAUUGUGUAUUGCUACCACAAAAUCAUAAAAAACAUGUUAUAUUCAAUAACAUUUAUUUAAUUAAAGAGUCCAUCUGCGGUUUAAAAAAAAGUUAAAUACCUUUUCUAGCCUUUAAUAAAUACCAUACCACAUUUUCAGAAUGGUUUCAUAAGGUUGUGUCGGUAAGAGUGUAGAUGAUAACAUUAAUGACAAUAUUUGAUAAUUCAUGAGUUUUUAUGAAUGGUUGAAGAACGGGUUUUUGUAUUUUACGUUUUACCACAGUGAGGAAUGCAUUAUGUAUUGAUAGCCUUUUUAUGCAUUAAUAACCAUGUGAGCCACUGCAUUGCACUCUCUCCUACAUGUAGCCAUACCUAUUGGCAAAAAAAACACGGCGUUUUACAAUCUGAAUUCUUUAUUCAGAAAGUUAAACGUGUUCUUUUUUUGUCAAUAGAGAUAGCUACCCAACACGGUAUCUGCAGACUAUAAUCGACCCUUGUAUUUGUCUUGCCAGUGCUAAUUCUAACAAUUUGAAGGGCUGUUGCAGUCGUAUAUUUACGGUAAUAAAUACUUACGUCAAGA